UGGGAGACAAACUCAAGUUCUUUGUUUUCAGGUUGAGAACAUGGACUGGUAUUUCACAAGAGAAACUGAAAAUUUUGUUGUUCCUGAUGAUCAAGAAACUGAAGAUGUAUCUACUGAAAAACUUAGUGAAAAAGAUGAAAUUCCCGGUCAUCAGUACAAAAAAUUUAGUAACUCAAGUGCAAAUAAGCUAACUUCAUCGAUAAAUUGCAGCUUGGGGAUGUCGGAAACUUCAAUUCAAAGCAUUUCUGAUUUCCGGUUGCCGAACAAUAUGGGGCAAAUGGAUGACACUUUCUUAAACUCUUUGCUGGAAGAUGAUUUGCAGAAUGGUUUUUUUGCUGAUGUGAACAUGGGUUCAUUAAGUUUGAUUACGGACCCUGCUCGAUCAGUGAGCUCGACAUGUGUGAAACCGUUCGGCUUUCUUCAGUCCUUGAAUUAUAUAUUAGAAGAUUGGGAAAUAGAAAAUAGUUCAUCAUCAUCUUUGAUUCCCGACGAAUCUAAGACAUCAGAAGAAUUGCCUAUGUUUCAGAAUGUAAUGGUUAAUAGCAAAAGUGAUGCAAUUGCCGAUUUGGAUAAGCCGGAAUGUAUGGAGCAAACAGUAUUGCAGGAACUCGAACAUGUAAUGAUUCAGAUGAAUAAUGAGACACGAAUGUGCUUCCGAAAUGCUUUGUAUCGUCUCGCAGAAAACUCAAAACGAGUCGAAUACAAAAAUAGAGAUGUAGAACUCAACUGUGAAAAUUCAAGGAAGGAAAAAAAUCAUGUGGUGGCGAAAUUGAAUGCGAUCGACAGGGAUGGUAGCGAACAUGAUGUUUUUGCAAUCCAUUCUUCAGUCCACACAAUUUUUAGCUGA